AUGAGUUCAAAUUCUCAAAGUCCAGUAAAUUACUACGUUUCAAGAAUUCCAUAUACGUAUAAUGAUGGACAGAGUUGGUUUGAUAACAUUGAGGAUCCAUACUUGAGGGAUUUCUAUGCUACAACAAUGAAUUAUGACCCAGGGUAUUAUUAUUAUUAUUAUUAUCAGCCAACAAGUGGAUACUACGUUGAUGAUCAUGCCUAUGUUGCAGCUGAUGAUCAGUUUCCUUUUAUCGUCAGUACAAAUUCCCAAAGUCAUCAUACCUAUAAUGGACAGAGUUCGUUUGAUUACAUUGAUUAUCCACACGGUGGUUUUAAUCAGCCAGCGGGUGAAUUCAUUGAUGGUGUCUAUGUUGUAGAAGGAAUUGAAUCCAUUGAUCAACGUCAAGCUCUAGGAAAUUAUCACUGCUUUGCUCCAGGCAACUCACCUCUUAUGGAUCCUGGAUAUACAUAUACUGGACAGAUGUGGUUUGAUCACGCUGAGGAUCCAGACUUGAGGGAUGGCGUCUAUAAUCUGUCAACAGGUGAAUUCGUUGAUGAUAUCUAUCACACCACUGAAAGUGAAUCCUCUGACGAAGAUUAUGACACAACUGAAAGUGAAUUCUCUGACGAAGACUAUGACACAACUGGAAGUGGAUUCACCGAUGAUGACAAUGACCGAGCUUUUCUGAUAGAAUUAUUGCAACUUUUGGUGGCCCAUAUGGUGGAACGCAACGACCACGGCGAGGAGGCCGCAGAGGAGACUAUAGCAAAUAUGAUGAGAACAAGAACUCAUUGCAGUACUGACGAUGGAGGAGAAACAUGUGCUAUUUGCCUAUGCGAAUACGAGAAUGAUGAGACAAUUGGCACUCUUGAAUGUCAACAUGAAUACCACGCAAGCUGCAUAAAGCAAUGGCUGCUGAAGGGGAAGACAUCUUGUCCACUUUGUAGGUCUUCAGUUUUGCCGUCAUAG